AUGGUUAACAGACUCUCAGGCAAGAACACCAUCAUUACUGGCGCUGCUGGCGGCAUUGGCAUCGAAACUGCUAUCCAGUUUGCUAUCGAGGGAGCCAAUGUGCUUCUCUCUGACAUUAAUGAGGCUGGUCUUCAAAAGGCUGUUGAACAAGUCAAGUCCUUUUUGACACCCGAGCUCAAGGAAUCUCUUAAAAUCGAGUACAAGGUUGCCGAUGUUUCAAAUGAAGAGCAAGUCAAGGCUCUUGUGGCACACGUUGAAUCUUGGGGUGGUGUUGAUGUUAUGUUUAAUAAUGCAGGUAUUAUGCACCCUGCUGAUGAUAAUGUUCUCAAUACUGAAAACAAGAUUUGGGAUCUGACACAGGCUAUUAAUGUCAAGGGUGUCUUUUACGGUUGCAAGUAUGCCAUUGGCUCUAUUCUUGCUAAUGGAAAAACUAAGGCUUCUAUCAUCAACACUGGUUCCUUUGUGGCUCUCAUGGGCGCUGCUACUCCUCAAAUUGCCUAUACUACUUCUAAGGGUGCUGUUUUGGCCAUGACCCAUGAACUUGCCAUUUGCUACGCCAAACAGGGAAUUCGUGUCAAUGCUCUUUGCCCUGGUCCUCUUAACACUCCUCUUUUACAGGAGUUUCUGGACACUGAGGAUAAGAAGGUUCGCCGCACUGUUCAUCUUCCCACUGGCCGUUUUGGUGAGGCCAUUGAACAAGCUAAGGCUGUUGUCUUUUUGGCUUCUGAUGAAUCUUCCUACAUUACUGGCCAGGACUUUAUGGUUGAUGGUGGUUUGACCAAGAGUUAUGUUACUUCUUUGGGUGUUCCUCCCACUGGCCCUGAAAACAUGGUUUUUGGCAAAUAA